ACAGCGCGUGCGCGCCUCCCGCCGGCCCGUGACGUCACGCGCGGGGCUCGGCAUUCCUCCGUAUUCGCCUGGUUCCCGCGGGGAUCGUCGAAUAAUCGCUGCUACGCACCCGCCCCUCCGGGCGGAAGAGUUCUCGUUCACUGCUCCGAUGGCUCUGCCACCUCCGGAUCCACAGUUUGUGCUCAGAGGUACCAGUGCUGCUGUCCACACUCUGCAUUUUUCCUGUGGAGGUCCAGAACCUGAUACUCCCCUUCUUUUCUCUGGGUCUGAGAAUGGGUUUAUCCAUGUCUGGAACCUGAAAACACACAGAGUGGACACAGCAUUGGAUGGCCAUGGAAGAAAAUCUAUCUGCUGCGUGGAGACAAUGGGUGGUAAAGACAGGCUUCUCAGUCAGGGGCGAGACCAGAGGAUCUGCUUGUGGGAUUUAGCAGAGGGACGGACUUCAGUGACGGAUUCUGUCUUCACGGAGCAUGUGGGAUUCUGCAGAUGCUCUCUGUUACAGGUGGCGCAGGGACGCUGGCUAAUGGCCAUGGCAGCCAGAAGCCUGGAGGAGGUUCAGAUUUUGGAGCUGCCAUCCAAGACGUCAGUCUGUACCUUGAAACCAGAGGUGGGUGCCAAGCUGGGCAUGCCCAUGUGUCUGAAGUUAUGGCAGAUCAGCUGUGGUUCACAGCCUGUGCUUCUGGCUGGCUAUGAAGAUGGAUCAGUUGUCCUCUGGAAUGUGUCAGCGGGAAAAGCGUUGAGCCGACUCACUUGCCACCAGGAGCCAGUGAUGAGCCUUGACUUUGACUCGGAGAAGGCCAAGGGGAUCUCAGGCUCAUCUGAAAAGGUGCUUAGCAUCUGGAGCCUCAAUGAGCAACAGAACCUCCAGGUUUACAAAACACACGAACUUGUCAACGCUGGCAUAUCUGAUAUCACCAUCCGUCCAGACAAGAAGAUUUUGGCAACAGCAGGGUGGGAUCAUCGCAUCAGGAUCUUUGGGUGGAAAAAGCUGAAGCCCUUAGCAGUGCUGGACUAUCACACAGCAACCGUCCACUGCGUGUCCUUCUCAGAUCACAGCAGCCCCCGGGACAGACUGCUGGCAGCUGGCUCCAAAGAUCAGCGCAUCAGUGUCUGGUCCAUAUAUGCUCAGACAUGACACAUCCUGCACUGCCAUGGACUAGGAAAACAGGACUGGUGAAGCAAUUCCUAGUGCUGUAAUUCAAACGUGUAUGUGGGGAAGUGGUAGAAUCUCUCUCCAGGCUGAAGUGAGAGUCCUAGGUUAAUUCUUAUGCUGCUCGUUUAAGCUAUAAUUUUUUUCUUACAUAGAGGAAAAUGGAUUUUUAAAGUUCAUAACAAGCAGAGCAAGGCCAGUCUCAGAGACCAAAGUUGCUUUGGGUUCUGCUACAGGUUUUGCAACACCUUUCCUUUGGCAGGUUGCUGACAUAACUUGUGCCAGUAUCUUUUGUAAAAAUGGACUGGAAUCCCUCAAACUGCAGUGGGGGCAGAAUAUGUCUGUUUGUAAGUCAUUUAUGUAUCCAAGAAUCUGAAUCAGUGUAAAACAUCACUCUUCCUUGAAAAUUUAUACCCAUUAAACCACCUCCAGUGGUU